UUACUUACUUCGACACCAAAAUAAAUUCCAAGUGUUUUUUCCUAAUUUUCAAUAUUGGCCAAAAAGUUACUGUAGUUUUAUCUUGCCGUUCAACAUAAUUUUCAUAAGAACAUUAUCUUGCAUGGGAUAAAAAUACAUUCAGUCAAGCUUAGUGACUAGUCGACGAAUGUCUAUUUGUGCUAGUAGAUAAAAAAAAUCUAAUAAAUAUACAAACUAACAAAUCAAAAUUACACGCAUUAACGUUGUAAUCCGUGGAUUAAGAUAUUAAGCAGAUUAUAAAUAACGAUUUCGAGAGGAAGCCGUUGUCAUUUGUCAAAAAAUUACCAUGUUGGGAAUAGUCACAGCUGUGAUCCUGAUAGCCUGCGUGCAGGCCUUACCUUCAACUGUGGAUUCGACAGAUAGACAAGUAGUAACAACCAAGCGUUUUGACAUAGAAAAGAGAAUAGCACGAGAUGGUUACUACAGUGAGAGCCACAGCGUCACAACCAGUGAUGGUUAUAUUUUGGAAAUGAAUAGAAUCCCAUUCAGCCGGUACGAAAAAAGUGACAGCUCUCCAAAACGUAAACCCGUAGUCUUCCUAAUGCAUGGACUACACAAUUCUGCGAUAGCUUUCAUCACUUUAGGUGCAGAAUAUAGUAUAGCUUACACCCUCGCUGACGCCGGCUACGACGUAUGGAUGGGCAACGCACGAGGCGUUAUCAACUCCCGACGCCACGUUACCCUUGAUCCUGAUAACUAUUAUGACAGAAGGGAGUUCUUCGAUUACACCUUUGAAGAUAUCGCUCUCAAGGACCUGCCUGCUAUGCUGAGUUAUGUCCUCGAGUACACGGAGAACGAACAGCUGAAUUACAUCGGUCAUUCGCAAGGCGGGACAGCCUUCCUGGUCCUUAAUUCAGUUAAGCCUGAGUACAAUAAGAUAUUCAAGUCGGUAAACUUGCUCGCUGCAGUGGGAUACCAAACUUAUUUCCCUAAUAAAGCUUUGAGUAUUGCUGCCCAAAGAACUGAUAAUAUUUACUCACUUGCUGUAAGACUCGGUUCCAAGGAACUCGGACCUACACAAAUAAAUGAUAGAAAAAACAUAGAUGAACUCAAUGAAAACUAUCCAGACGUAAAGGAAUUUGCUCUUACGUCACUAGAAGAAUAUCUGGAUAUACCUUGGGAAAUAUUAGCCGGAGCUUCCAUCAAACAAUACGCACACUUCGGACAAAACAUCAGAGACAGAAGAUUCAGAAGUUGGAACUACGGUGUACUUGGAAACAUAUUAACGUACGGUCGCUUAUCUCCACCAGCUUAUAAUCUAAGAGCAAUCAAUGCCGACAUCACUAUGCACUACACAGUUAGUGAUAUUUUAUUGGAUGAAAGAGAUGUUUUAAACAUGGCCAGAGUAAUCCCAAAUGCAAAAGUUCGUCGUGUCGCUCGCGAUAGCUUCACUCACACUGAUUUCGUGAUUGCCCCUGAUUCUAAAACAUUAGUUACAGAUUAUAUUAUUGAAGAAUUGAACAAAAAGAAUGAAUAAAAUCAUGAUUAGUAUCGAAAAACAUCUAUGAU